CCUCACAAUCUCUCCUCAUCUCUGGGUCUUGUCUCCUCUCUCGGAUCUGAGCUCGAAACCCUAGCUUCGCGUCUCGCCGAGAGGGAACGAGACCCAGGAGGGCGGUUCGGCGGGUUACCAUGGCUAGGUGCAUACCGUACGUCCCGCGCAGGGUGCGAGACCCGGUCGCGGUGGCGAUGGCGCUUGCGGCGCCGGAGCCGGCGGCGGCGGCAGAUAAGCUCCAGAAAGAAAGGGAAAUAAUGCAGAAAACGGAAAAAAAGGAAAGAAAGGAGGAGAAAAGGAGACAAAAGAAAGCUGCCAAGCUGGGUGAGAAGUAUGAGAUAUCUGAUCAUCAUCAUCAUCAUCAUCAUUCUAAGCAUGGCCGUAAGAAGAGAAAGCAUGAGGGCCAAAUUAUUGCUGCGGCAGAGACAAGAAAAGAUUCGAAGGAUACCGUGGAGCACUUGGAGAAGAGUGGUCUUUCUGAAGAGCACGAUGCCCCUUCCUGCAGUCAGGCUUGGCAUGAUAGCCCAGAGAGCUCACUGGACAGCAAUAAGAGACCAAGGGUUACUGUGUCACCUAGCCCCAGCCAAACACGAAAUGCUGUUUUUCGUGUAAAGCUAGCAUCUGCAAAUCAAAUAAGAGGUCCCGAAUCAACAGCAGUUUCGUCAGGGAAACCUAUAUCCCUUGAGCAACAGUCAGUCAAGCAAAUGUGUUUGGACCUGUCCAUGGCCAAGGGGCAGAGUAAGUUUCAACCCCACAUCAACGAAGUGGUGGCGCCGAGACAUUUAACUGCAUCGGACCAGAAGAUAGGUUUAAAGAAUUGCAGUCAGCCAUCUGAAUUCAGACAGGUUAACCAGCAAAGAGUCAAUAUGGUGCCAAGAGCUAGCCCUCAGCCAACACCAAAGGCGAAUCAAAGAGUUGGCCCUCAACCUGCAAAGGUUCUGCGACGUGCUGAACCCACACCUGUAAAGGUGAUGCAAAGAGCUGGUCAACUGAUGCCAUCAAGGUUGUUCCAAAAAGAUAUUCCUCAGAUCCCUGCAAAUAAGUCGAUGAAAGCAGCAGCUGUUGCUGAUCCACCUGGCAAUGUGGAGCUACCUGCUGUGCUACAGAAACCAAAGACUAUUGUGGAGCUACCUGUUGGCAAGCAGCAGCCACAAGCGGAUGCCCUUCCUAAAGAAGAUCUUCGCUCUGUCCGAACGAAGCAGAAGAUGGCUCUAAGGGAUGUCAAUCAGUUGGGUGAAUCAACGCAGAUUAAUCAUCAACAGCAAGCAAUGGCCAUGCAAAGAAUCAAUAUGGUGCCAAGAGUUAGCCCUCAACCAACACCUAAGGUGUCGCAAAGAGUUGACCCUCCAGUCAGAAAUGUGCAGCAAAGGGUUAACGUUGAAAGAGACACUCCUCAGGUUCCUGUAAACCUGUUGAAAAAGGAGACAACUGCCGCCCCACUUGGCCAGUCUGGUGUGGAGCAACCUGCCCUGCUACACAAGGCAAUGGUUCCUUUGGAGCCACCCGUUGUCAACCAGCAGCAACAGAUUGCCCCCCUUCCUGAAGACCAUCUUUGCUCCAUCAGAAUGACCUUAUUACCAGCCUCAGCGAAACAGGUGCAGAGGCCCAGCUCUGACAGGAAGAGCCGCAAGGCCGAGAGGAAAGAGAGGGAGUUUGCAGAUCUCUUUGUCACCUGGAAACCUUCGCCUAUACAGAUGGAGGAUGAUAUGGACGUUGGUGACCAGGACUGGCUAUUCAGUCGUGGCGCGACGCCCGGAAGCAACUGUGCUCCCUUCGAUGGAUCAGUCCGGUGCCAAACGGCUGAGCAGCUGUUCUCGAUGCAACCCAGAGCAGUUCAUCUCCCGGAUCUUCACAUGUACCAGCUGCCGUAUGUCGUGCCAUUUUAGAUGCCGCAUGCUGUGUUGUGUAUUAAGUGUAGGUGUCAAAGACUUAGCUGUGAGGCUUUGUGGGAACAUAUGUUUCCUUGCUUCAAUUUUCCAGCUUUGUUCUUACUGUUGUCGAGCUUGGUCUAAGGACGUGUGUGCUUGAGAAGAAGCAAUGUAAACGGAAUGUGGAUUGGAUUACUCCGGCAAUGUGUAAACGAACAAAAUAGACAGAUCUUGUUUGGUUUCAGUUUCAGCUGCUGACUGUAAUGUGAUCGAUUCUUAUCUUCC